UCUUACGUCUCCAAGCACAGGUUUCGUCGCUGUCAAGCCCAUAGGGCAGACGCACCCCUUUUAAGGUGCAUUUCGGUCCAUGGGUACGACGUACAACGAAAUUGAAUAACAGUCAAUAUUAAUACGUUAUAUUUGUAUCGUAUUAAUACAUAAAUAUUUAUGUAUUGUGUCAGAAAAGGUCAAAUAUGAACAUGUCAGAAGCAGAAAUUAUAGGCGAUCUAGUCCAAAAAUUGAUUCUUUCUCUUUGUGGAGAUCAAAAAAUAGAAGUAAUCAGAAAAUGGAUGCGUUUUGCAAUCGAAGUAUUAUCAUCGUCACAAGGAAUAGAGACAUUACAAGAAGACGAAGUUACAAUAGCUUGUCACAUAAAAGAGAAGUUGUCACAUUCUGAUGCAAUACAAUUUGACAAAUUAUUUUAUGAGCUAAAGGAUGGGCCGUUAAAAAACAGGGCACAAAUUCUCGUAUUUUUGAUAAAUAUGUGCGAAGCCGCCGAUCUCCAAAAGAAAAGAAUUUUUUCAGUUCCUGACUUGAAACUUGGUAUAACACCAGUAUCUUCCAGUGCUACGACACCGGAUUUACACACGUCACCGCAAAUCGUAUCUGUGAAUAAUGCAGACAGAAGUACAAGGGAUUUUCUAACAAGAUCUAACAGAAUACUUGGCGAGGAAUGUAUUUCUGAAGAUAUACUAGUUCAGGACCUUAUAUAUUCUUUCCAAGGCAUCGAAGGAAAAAUACUAAAGUUGGAUUCAAAUUAUGGUUUUCAAAUAGAUCCUACGCUUAACAUUGACAGACCCAGGAAACAAUCUACAUUGAGAUUAAGCGAACUCGGACAUUUACACAAUGUAAUACAAAAGGGUUUAGAGAGAAUAUCAGCUGCUUCGAGUGGACAAGUGGCAGAUAGUUUUGUUGCAGCGAUGUAUUCUAAACUAUGUGAUUAUUACAGAUUUAUAGCUACUAUACAAGAGGAAGUGAAUAGAGCACAUUUACAAUUAGGAUUAUAUAAAGUUACUUUGUCGCAUUUACACCUUUGGGCAUAUGAACCUUUAGAAACGUUAAAAUGGUUGGCUAGCAUGGUUAGAGCUUGCCAAGGUCAGAAAGGUGGUGCUCUCGCCUCUGCAGUAUAUGAAUUUAGUAAUUAUGGAGAUGCGGACGUUAAGAAGUUGGUCAAAGAUAUCUUGGAAAGUGUUUGCGAUCCUUUAUACAACAUGUUGAUAAAGUGGAUCGCUGAUGGUGAAUUAGAUGAUCCGUACAGGGAAUUUUUUAUUGAAACUUGCGCUGAUAUUACUGGAGAGAGAAUGUGGCAUGAAAAAUAUCAAGUUCGUAACAGUAUGCUUCCAUCUUUUAUUACAAAAACACAAGCUAAGAAGAUUCUAGGCACAGGCAAGAGUAUUAACUUUUUACGUGAAGUAUGUAAAGAUGUUACACCUUGGGAAGGCAAGCACACGAACAUGUUUAAAAAUUUUACCGAGGAAUACAAAGUUGAUGAUCUUUUUGAUAUGGAUCCUGAUGGUCGAUUGCAAAAUAUGAUGGACACAGCUUAUAAAGCAACAUCAACAAGAGUAGUUGAAGUACUGACAAAACAGUACCACUUUAUGGAUCAUUUACACGCUAUUAAAGGAUAUCUUCUAUUAGGGCAAGGACAUUUUAUUCAACAUCUUAUGCACUUGUUGGAACUGGAAUUAGAUAAACCAGCAAGCUCCUUAUAUCCACACAAUAUAUCUUCCAUUUUGGAAACUGGAAUAAGAGCAACGAGUGCAAAGAUGGAUGACUUGGAUCUACAUGGAAGACUCGACGUAAGAUUGUUAGCGCCAUCGGAGAACGAAACCGGCUGGGAUGUGUUUAUUCUUGAUUAUAAUGUUGCCGGGCCCAUUGGAACGAUUCUAGAGCCAUAUAGAGAAGUGUAUCAAACCAUAUUUUUUGCAUUGUGGAGAGCAAAACGGAUGGAAUCUAUUUUGUGCGCAAUUUGGAAACGUCAAAUAACUUCAGCAAAAAUGUUUCGCAAGAUGCCGGAAGUAUUGACAAUUCAAACUCACAUACAUUUAAUUACAAGUAGUAUGGUUCACUUGGUUCAUCAAAUGCAGUAUUUCUUCUUAUUUGAAGUAAUCGAAUGUUCUUGGGAUGCAUUUGUAAAACAGCUUGGACAAGCAGUUUCAUUGGAUGACAUAAUUACUGCACACACCUAUUUUAUCGAUACGAUAAGACGUGGUACUUUCCUCGAUGAAAAAUCUCAAGAACUGAUGGAUCACCUACGUUCGGUAUAUGGGCCAAUUCUGGAUUUACAGAAUCUUGAGGAAACAUUUCUGAAGGUUGCUACACGUGAAUACGAGGCGAGAUUAAAUGAAAGUAGCACACUGCAUUCUACUUUUGUAGCCUCGAAUCGACCAGAUAAAGCAGACCACACCGAUGUAGAAAUGACUAAGCGUCAAACUACUUUUUCAAAAUAUCUGAACACACUUUUUAUUCAACUGAGAUUACUUUCAAGAACUUAUCAGGACAGAGUAAAGAAAUUUCUUAUAAUGCUUGCAUCCGCUGAAGACGUUUCUUUGCAAUUAUUAAGUGUACGUUUAGAUUUUAACGAGUACUAUAAAAGUAAAGAUAAUCGUCUUGUUGUACCACUCACAUAUCAGCACCGAAGAUAAAACCAAUAUAUCAUUUUGUGCUACAUAUAGAUUUGUUUCAGUUCAUAACAAUUUAUUUAUGUUAAUCUGUCCGUACGUUUACACAGAAAUUUAAUGCAAAGUACAAUGUAUAUUUAAAAUGUGAUAGCACAUUCGUCAAGUAUGAAGAUAAUACUUUUGUAUCACUGUAAGGAAAAUAAAUAUGAUAAUUUCUAUAUUGAAAUGAAA